AAUGCUCGAUCAUAUCGGCUUGCUUAAAACGUUAUCCGAAAUUCGUUGGUCACUGCUGUCCGUUCAGGAACGACAACAAUGUCAGGAAUCUUUGCACACCAUGUACCCGCGACAUCAUCAGAUCAUUGACAAGUUUUUUAGCGACGCAAUACAUGCGGGAUACCCUCAACCGCGGAGUCGUAACAUGCACCAGUGCUUGUAUCUCUGCUGUUAUGGCUGGGAUGGAAUCUUGUUGGAGUUCGAUCUGCGUUUGCGAACUGUGCGCGUCGAACAGUGGCCAUAUGAAAUCAAUCGUCAUCUAUACAACGACAGUUCCAUGCAGUACAUCAAUCGCCACAUACAACUUACUAACGGCAAACUCUACGCGGUGCGGAAACACCUGAAAUGUCGCGAUAAUGAUAUUGCCUGGCACGCUCUGGAACACCGCCACGGCGCCGGUCCUUUCUUCCGACUGGACGACGGUGCGGACCCCGAAAAAGUGUACUGUUGCUAUGACAUGACAAGUCGAGAUCAUUUCGAGGAUAGAUAUGUUCACUUCACGUGCAUUAUUGUGGAUGGUGUACAUUAUCAGCUGCCCGGGAACGGUGAUUUUUAUGCGCACGCUGUUGGUUCACGGGAACUGAAGAGCGACAAGGCCAGCAUCAAAUCCACUAAGCUAUGUCUGCCACCGUUCGGAAAACUGCGCGGAUACAGAUAUGGCGAAGAUUAUGAACCAACACUGACAGCGGUCGGAGGAAAUAAUAUUUUCUCUUAUGCGGGUUGCCGCCUGUACGAGUACAACACUCGCGCUGACGUUCGGACAAUGCAUUCUCCACCCCGGAUAAAUCGCUCGAAUGCCUCAUUUGCGGAAUUAGACGGGUAUCUGUACGUGACAGGUGGCUUCCUAAUACCACAGCCUCCCGACAGUGAAGACCAGUCCUCCACAGACGAGGAAAGCAGCACUGAUGGCUCGGAAACAGGCACCACACCUGUCACCUGCGCCAGGCGAGCGUCCGCAACCGCUUCAGGCGAGCGCAAGAAUUUGCGUAAUCUGUUGUGGGAGCCGAUUGCCGAAAUGACAUGCCAACGCGCCAUACACGAUUUGUUAGCUGUCGACGGUCAGCUAGUGGCAUUUGGUGGAUUUUCGGAUGAUGAAAGCCUGAUCGAGGUGUACGACACAGAUAAUAACCAGUGGCUGCGUUGCCGGCUUGAUUUCUUACCUGGUAUGGAGUCUUACUUGCGUUUUCGGCCUCAAAAAGGAGAUGCUUUUGUAUCAGAAAAAGCAUGCUUUCCUGAUCAACCUCUUUUAAGCAGAAGCACUUCGGCUAAUCUCGGAGGCUCCCAAAAGGAAUGAGAAAGCGUAACGUCGGAAAUGUGUAGUUGCCUUUAAUGAUAAGCUUUAAGGAAGCGUAAUAAAAAGAUGCUACUAAGUUUCUGCCCCUCUUCGGUGUUUCGAGGAAGCUUUUCGAUGCAUUUCCUGGGAUAGGGUAUAAGAUCAUUAAUGCAGCUAUCAGUGCGAUUAUCGAAAAUAAAAAUC